AUGGGACGCGACAAGAAGAUUGCGAACGCUGUCAAGCGCGGAGAGGUCUUCAACAAGGCCCGCCGCGCGAAGGCGCAGGACAAGCUCAAGCGCCGUAUGGAGCAGCGCAAGCUCGAGAAGGGCGAGGGCGGCGAGGAGAUCCGGCGUGAGCGCCUCACGACGAACAUCCCGCGCACCAUCGACAACACGCGUAUCUACGACGGCUCGUCGUACCUCACAACGGACCCGACCACGCUGCGUGCCGCGGAGGAGCGGGCUGCCGAGGCGUCGCGCCUCGUGAACGCGCCAGAGGAAGCCAUGGAUGAGGACGAGGGGAGCGAGGAAGAGGACGAGCCCCUGGCUGGGCCGUCGGGAUCCCAGACCAAGGCCGGUGACGAGGAUGAGGACGAGGAUGAGGACGAGGAUGAGGACGAGGAUGAGGACGAGGAUGAGGACGAGGAUGAGGACGAGGAAGAUGAGGACGAGGAUGAAGCUGAGGAGGAGGCCGAGGAGCAGAAGGCGCCCGAACCGGUGCGGACUGCGCCGCCUCGUAUCCUCAUCACCACAUCUCCUGGACCCUCCAAGCCGACUUACCACUUCUGCGACGACCUCAAGAGCAUCUUCCCUGGUGGCGAGUUCUUCAAGCGCCCUAAGGGCCGCGGGUUCGAGCUGGGUCGCGUUGCUCGCUGGAGUGCGAAGCGCGGGUUCAGCGCGGUCAUCAUCGUCAACGAGGACCACAAGAAGCCCAAUGCUCUCACGCUCAUCAACCUCCCUGCGGGGCCUACGGCCUACUUUAAGCUGAGCAGCGUCCAGCUCGGGUCCCAGAUCCAUGGACACGGUCGUGCGACCGCCCACAGCCCCGAACUGAUCCUUAACGGCUUCACCACUCUGCUUGGUAACAGCGUUGGUGGAAUGUGGGCACAGCUCUUCCCUCCACUGCCCCAGUUCCGCGGGCGCCAAGUCGCGACGCUGCACAACCAGCGCGACUUCUUGUUCUUCAGGCGACACCGGUACGCGUUCACCUCUCCCACUUCGGCCAAGCUGCAGGAGAUUGGGCCCCGCUUCACACUCAAGCUACGGUGGAUGCGGAAGGGCCUGCCGUCAGUUCGUGCCGGCGACGGACGUAUGCCGACUGGCGGCGACAAGUCUGCCGACGACGAGUUUGUCAUUGACGACGACGAGGAGACGGCCGAGCAGGAGCGCAAGGACGAGGAGGCCGCUGCAGCCGCGAUGGACAACGGGGAGGCUACGCCGAGCGGGCAGCCGAUUCCAGCGCUCGAUGAGGAGCAGGAGUACGAGUGGAAGUGGAAGCCCAAGAUGGAGGUGUCGCGGAGGACAUUCUUCCUCUAA